AUGUCGGAUUCAAAAAAGAGCUUAGACCGAGCUUGGCAGUGUCUUCAAGAGGACAAGCUGGACGAAGCAGCGGAGCUGUGCAGCGCCGUACUGCGCAGCGCUCCUCGUAACGCACGCGGGCUGUACCUGCGCGCCGUAGCGUCGCAAAGGGCCGGCAGGCCCAAGGAGGGCGCCGAGGAUGCUUGCCAGGCCGCACGCCUCCGACCAGACCUGCCGUCCGUGCAGCUCAUGGCGGGAUCACUGCUGUGCCGAAACAAGUGCUUCGGUCGAGCUCUGGCGGUGUACGAGAAGGCCCUGGACGUGAGCCCCGGGAACGUGCAGUACCACCUUGGGGCUGCUUCCGCCCUUAGACAGCUGGGCCGCGGGGACCAGGCAACCGCCGCGUUCUUAACAGCCGCGUCAGCGGCCGCCUCCGCUGACGUGGGCACACAGGCGCAAGUGCAGUACAAGCUGGGCCAGCACCUGCGGUCGAUGGGAGACGCGGUCUACUUCGCGCAGGCCGCGCAGGCGUACGCACGAUGCUUGGAGCUCGACCGGGGCCACGUGCUGGCGGCGUUCUGGCUACCGGCAACACGGAAGCUCGCCGCGUCUACACUGAGAGAGCCACACGACGGCGGCUAUGUAGCUGGUCCUGGAGAGGGCAGCGCUGCAGUUGAUAACGCAAUGGAAACCCCUGCCAGUCCCGCUUCGGCGCCCCGCGAGUACGUCGUUGGCCUCUACAACUCCUACGCGGAGACCUUCGACUCGCACUUGCAGGGGGCGCUCGAGUACAGAACGCCGACCGUCAUCGUGGAAAACCUCCGCCGGCUGUUUCCUGGGAGAAGGUGGGACAGGUGCCUCGACCUAGGUUGCGGCACCGGUCUGUCGGGCCGGGCGGCGUCCUCCGUCUGCCGGCGUCUGGUCGGCGUCGACCUCAGCCCUGCCAUGGUGCUCCGAGCGAGGGAGAAGCGGGUCUACCACCGCCUUCUUGUUGGUGAAGUCACCGAGACUGUCAGGCGCCUGAGUAGCCGAAGCGAAUCGGCAUCGGAACCAGGGGCUGGGUUGUCCGCCAGACACCCGCGCGCACGGUGGGAAGUACCCGCGAUGGCUGAGGAAGAGGGGGGAGCGGCCGUGGCAGCGGUGGCGGUAGGGGGAUGCGGGGAUGGCGGUGGAACUGGCCAAAUGUUACCUGGGACAACCGUGGCGGGGGAGGCAUCGGUUGAAGAUGAGGGCGAGCUAGUACCACCAACGGAAGUUGCGACGUUGGCGACGCUGCCGUCGGCGCCAAUUGUAACAGGUAGUGGCUCAUGCGGCGGCAGCAGCAGCGACGGGAUUGGUGGGGGGGAUCUGAUCCUAUCGUGCGACGUUUUCGUCUACAUCGGCGACCUUCGAGCCUGCUUCGAAGCCGUGCGCGAGUUGGUUGCCGGAGACCAAGCUUCCGCGGAAUCGGAAACGGACGCGGGAAGAGAUCCACGGCGGGAAAAACCUGCCGCUGUUUUCGCCUUCUCGGCGGAAGCGCCACCCCCAGAGGCGGCAGACGCCGGAGAUUCGGGGGCCGAGAAAAGGACAACGGCCGAUGCUGCCAACCCUAGCCACAGGGGGUACGAGCUACAGGGUACUGGCAGGUGCGUGUGUUACUCUUCCAGAGGUGGUUGGCAUGGCUUGGUGAGAGCAUGAAUGGGAGGUGUUUCGCGAAUCUGGGAUUGACCCCCCCUCUCGUGGCACGUAAAGGUGCCCUGGGUGGUCCUUGGAGACCUACACAACUUCCCAUGGCCGCUAGCACACAUGGCCAGUACCAUGGUGAGAGGACGGCAGGAGAGUGUGCAAUCGAUUGAACGGGUGCACCCGGAAGAUCGGGUAUUCGUGGACGCCCGGAAGAGUACUUCCUCGCUUCAGCAACGAGCAAUCGCUUCUACUUUUUUUUGCAGCCUACAGCAGCACCAUGUUGGAGUCUGGGAUUGCGCGGUCUGGCAUUGGACCCUCUAUCUUUGGUCCAUCAAACAGCGCGACUCGCUACGCACAAUUUUAUGUAAGAGGUCAAGACGUCUAGGGAGUCCCGACAGGACCCACGGCUUGUCUUGUCGGCAAGCCGUGCGCUCGGACUGCAGAG